AUGGAUUUCUCUUAUCUUGUUAAGAGGGAAAGAAGAAGUGACGGUGCUGGUAGUAGCGGUGGUGAGGCGGGACAAAUGGCGCUAAUAAAAGAAGAAGACGACCGGCUUAAUACGGAAUUACUGCAACUACAAGACGAAGCAAUUAACUUGCAACAGAAGGGCACCCAAAUGCAACUUGAAUACGAAGAAGUACAAAGCCAAGUUAUACGCGAAUUGUGUAGGUAA